CGUUAACGUCGUAAUCGACCGAUUUGAGCUAAUAAACUGCGACGAAAAACAAGAUGUCAAAAACAUUUAAUCUAUGUCUGUGCGAUGAUGUUUUCGCAACCGAAUAAUCAGUACGUAAAUGGGACCGGGUGCUCUUAUCAUCGAGAACAUGUGAUACUUUAUUUGAUGCAACAUGUGAAUGCCAGAGUGCGGAAGUGAGAAAGAGAUGGAAACACGAAACGUUUUACACAACCUUUGACAUCAUUUUUUCUUCAAUUUGCGAAUCAUUGAUCUUUUAUUGUUUUGCUCGAAUUGAUACUAUUUUUCUGGAAUGACUGUUUAUUGUUGGUUUCCUGAUUUCUCUUUCGAAUAUAAAUAAAUGAAGAAGAUGAUUGCACCGGAUUUGUCACCAUAGUGAAUAUCAUUUAUUGGUUCAAUUCCAUAAAAUCUCACCGAUAUAUUAUUUGAAAUGAUUCAUUUGAAAUGAGAACAACACCGAAAAGCGACAUCUGGCGAACAAUACGAAAACUCUCUUGACAAGCGCCAAUAACAAAACGUUCAUUGACAGAGAAGCAAGUGAAUGUGCUCCAAAAACAAACAAAUCCAAACUUUGAAAUAAAUUCAAUUCAAAAUGAAACUGUAUUGCUUAAGCGGUGACCCGGCAAAACCAUGUUAUUUGAUCAGUUUCAAGGAGCUGGUAAUAAUGUUGGAUUGUGGCCUAUCCAGCCAAACAGUUUUGAACUUUUUACCCAUGCCAUUGGUGCAGAGUUCACGAUUUCAAUCACUGCCGAAUUGGAUUUGUCCACGUGAGCAUGACGCUCAAGUUGAUGGUGAAUUGAAAGAGUGUUGCAGUCGCUUGUUCAUCGAUAGUACACCGGAAUUUUGCACGCCAUUGGAUAAAAUUGUGGAUUUCUCUGAAGUUGACAUCAUAUUGAUCUCAAACUAUAUGAACAUGCUGGCAUUGCCGUACAUUACAGAAGGUACUGGAUUUUCUGGAACUGUUUAUGCCACGGAACCCACUCUGCAAAUUGGUCGCUUCUUUUUGGAAGAGCUGGUUGAGUACAUUGAAACGACUCCAAAAGCAAACGUUGCCACGGGAUGGAAAGAAAUUCUGAAUCUACUACCGGCACCAUUGAACGAGGUGUUUAAGCCGAAAAGUUGGAAACACCUAUUCAGUAUUGAAGACGUUCAAAACAGUUUGGCUCGAGUGAAAAUUGCCGGCUAUGAUGAAAAGUUGGACAUAUUUGGUGCAUUGACGGUUUCACCCGUUAGUUCGGGCUUUUGUUUGGGUUCGAGCAAUUGGGUGAUUAGCUCAGGCCAUGAAAAAGUUUCUUAUAUUAGUGGAUCAUCGACACUCACCACACAUCCAAGACCCAUCAAUCAAACAGCGCUGAAAAAUUCAGACGUUGUUAUAAUAACUGGUCUAACGCAAGCGCCUCAUGUAAAUCCUGAUAGUAUGCUAGGUGAACUGUGUAUGAAUGUCGGCGUUACAUUGCGAAACGGUGGCAGCGUAUUGAUCCCAUGUUAUCCAUCUGGCGUUGUGUACGACUUAUUCGAAUGCCUAUCAUCAAGUCUGGAUAGCCAUGGUCUAUCGCAGGUUCCGAUGUUUUUCAUCUCCCCCGUUGCGGACAGUUCGUUGGCAUACUCAAACAUUUUGGCUGAAUGGUUGAGCUCAGUGAAACAAAACAAGGUUUACAUACCCGAUGAGCCAUUUCCACAUGCAAGUUUAGUGAAAAAUUCACGUCUCAAGCAUUUUAAGCACAUUUACUCACCCGGUUUCAGUACUGAAUUCAGACAGCCAUGCGUUGUGUUUUGUGGCCAUCCAAGUUUGCGCUUCGGCGAUGUUGUUCAUUUUAUUGAGCUAUGGGGCUCGAAUCCACAGCAUACGAUAAUAUUUACUGAGCCAGACUAUCCAUAUCUACAAGCAUUAGCACCAUACCAACCGUUGGCAAUGAAGGCAAUCUAUUGCCCAAUUGAAACAUCGUUGAACUUCCAACAAGCCAAUAAGUUGUUAAAAGAACUCAAACCCGGUGUUGUUGUUAUUCCCGAGAGCUAUACACAACCGCCCGCCAUUGCACCACAUAAAACUGAGUUGGUCAUUGAAAAACAGGACAAACAAGUGAUAACAUUCAAACGCGGUGAAGUCAUCAAACUGCCACUCAAACGAACAUUUGAUCGUGUAUUUUUGACUCCGGAAAUAGCAAAGCAAAUUAUUCCGCGCGAAGUUUUGCCUGGCACAAAUUUGUCAUCUCUUACCGGAUGCCUUCAAGUCAAAGAUAAUUUACAUGAUAUCAAGGCGUUCGAUGAGCCAUUGAAUGAGCAGCCAGGUCAUAAGCGACAAUGUGCACCGACACAGGAGGAGAUUUUCCGAAAAACCAAAUACGAAUGGGGACAAGUUGAUGUCGAUCUGUUCAUUAAGAAACUAAUGCAAGAGGGUAUCAAUGAUGUUAAAAUUGAACAAUGCGGUGGUGGCACUACGAAAAUCCGAAUUCUCAGCGAUGACACCCUGAUUACAAUCUCCGACAAUUCGACACACAUUUACAGCAGCGGAAAAGAUAAAUUACGGCAGAAACUACGAGAUUUGCUCAUGAAAUGUGUACCUAGUUUUUAAGUUCGAUUUUGUAUCAUUUUUUUUAGCGUUUUAACUUUGAAUUGAAAAAUUUACUCAAAUAAAAUGACGUAUUUCAUUCAA